AAUUUACCAAAGCUAACCCAAGUCAUUAUGUGCAAGCGUGAUUACGUCAUAAACAUCACUGCUGAAGAGAAAUUGUUGUUUGUGUUUUUGGCAUAUUUUUAUUGAGGUUUUUGUUAAUUUUUAGAGGUGGCCAUUAUUGUUAUACUUGCAUCACGACUCCAGUAUAUUGACUAACGUGUUUUGCAGGUUGGUUAUAUUUUAAUACAACACAUAAUGUACUAAUGUAGUCUGAUAUAUAAAUAUAUAAGUGAAUGUAACGUAAUCCAGUGCAAUAACAUGUAAUAGAGAUCUCAAGCACGCAGCGUUUUUGUAAACACGGACAUGACACUUAUGAAAACGAGAUCUUUAAAACUGUUAAUCAAGAACUGUUGACGCAACAAUUAACUGUUGAAUUGUGUGUGUGCGCGUGAUGUCUUCGUUGACAAAAAUUCCGCGUGCUAAUACUACAUGAUAUAUAAUAUAGAAUAUAUAAUAUGAAGUGAAAUGCUGUAUUGCCAUUUAAUGUAUUAUCUCGAAGUGAACGUCUUGCACUUUCAGUAAAUACCAAUUCUACUAGUACGUUAAUAUUCCAGGAAGUUUUUUGUAACAAUACUGCCAAGCGACCUAGCGUUUUACACAUCUCCAGUUAUUGAUUCAUUUCUAUUUUCUUGUUUGCAGUCAAAUUUUAUGUGUAGAAAACGUCGUGUCGUACAUUAGUGAAAACUUUACCAGUUGGGCGUGGGACAUGUCACAUGACACCAAUAGAACGUUGUAAGUAAUUAAUAGAGUAUAUGCAUGCUUUGCGACCAUCAACGCACAGUGCGCUUCGCGUGAGAUUGGGGGGAAUGAAGUUACUUUGAUAAUAUAUGUUUACCACCCUUUUAUUUCUGCAAUGGUGAAUGGUUGUUCCCCAAAACGUAUGUAUUUGCGUGAAAUUUACAUGUAAUGCUAUUUGCUUCAUUAAACGACCAUUGUACCUGGCUUUCAUGGUUAUGAAAAGAUUGUUGUUUGGUUAAAUAUGAACCCCCCGCCUUGUUCCUCCCUGCAGGGCCGCCGAGAGGGGGCAGGGGGGAAAAUUGCCCUGGCCCCCCCUAGAAAUUUAAUGCUAGAAAUUUAAUGGGCCCCAGUCAUUUUUCGGGCGAAAUAUUUCUGUUUUCGGGCCAAAAUAUUUGUGUUUGGGGGGCAAUGAACCGAAAUUUGGUAUGGAAAAUUGCGGAAAAGUCCAACGAAAGCAAUUAUAACGCACCUAAAAAGAAUUUAUUGUCCGAAAAAAUUUUUUCCGGAAAAUUUUUUUGCAAUAGGGGCCCCUAAAAAAAAUUUUUGCCCCGGGCCCCCGCCAAGCUCUCGGCGGCCCUGCCUUCCUGUUGUCCGUCACUUGUUAUGAUUUCUUCUCUUUCGUUGGAUGGAUUAUUAUGAUUACUUAGCCGAUUAGUCGAACUUAUAAUGCAGCAUUUAUCUAUUUCGUUUUUUUUUGGCAGAGUUUCAUAUGCACUCAUUUUUUAAAUCCAAUUAUGUUCGCCCCCCUUAUAUAAAAAUUGGGGGGGCGGGGGAGUUGGCGAACGUGCAGGCCGCUGCUUCCUACACCCCUGAUUCACGUGCACUAAGCACGCUAUAGAGCGUUUGCACUCAUACCCCAGGGACCAACUCAACAAAAGCCAUGGCGGCCAUGUUAGGGUUCCAGACAAAAGAGUCUAAUUAAAAUUCUUUUGAAUUGGAACACCAACAUGGCGGCUGUGACGUCAUGUGCAAACGCUCUAUGGGGGGCCUCUAUAUAAGUAUACUCAUUAACAGUCCUGGACCACAGAAUAAAGACACACAGAAGGUAUAGUCUUUAUUCUGUGCCUUGGCUCUUGACAAUACCAGUAGUUUGUACAAUAUUAUGCCAGAUUUGGUCCAUUUAAUUCGUAAUUAUAUCAUCGUCAGUUUUGGAAAAGGCAGUUACAUACGAAAUAUUUUGUUUAUGAUUAGAUUAUAUGAUAUAGUCACUCAGAAAUGUGGUAGUGGAGUGGCGGAUACUGUACGUGCAUUUCUUGCUGCACAAUAUCCAUUGAUGGUAGUGAUCAUGAAGAAUAGAUCAUCUCUCGAGGUUUCCGCUGUCAUUCAAGGUAAUUGGACUGUUAUAUUGUUACCAAAACUGGAGAGGCUUCCACUCGAAUAAACGUGUUUUGUUUUCGUGUUAAAACAUUAAGGAAUGCCACUACAUUCCUACUGCUAAAAUGGCAAACUAUUAAUAGCUAAUUUCAGAACAAUUUCACGCAGACGAAUCAGAUGUCGUCAUUUUCAAAUUGUCGAUUUCAACGACAUUAGGAAUGUAAUCGAAUUCCUGAAUGUUUUGACACGAAAUAAUGAUACUGUAUACGUUUUUUGAGGAUCCGUGGUUUUGGUAAUAUAUUUAUUUGGAAUCCUGGCUUUAAAUGUACUGUAGAUGGUGUUUACGCUUUUUCAUAUAUACCCGUAGAUAUAUACAUAAUGAUACUGUACAUUUUUUUGGGGGCGAGGGGGAGGAUCCGCGGUUUUGGUAAUAUAUUUAUUUGGAUAUAAUAUUUAUUUGGAUUUUUUUGGUCUGCAAAAAUUACGAUUUGCAGUAGCUAAUUUGAGGCAUGCAAAUGUUAUCAAUUUCGUGUGAAGUAUGAAUAGAAUACGUGUCUCUUAUAGUAGUAAAGUAGUACCUUCUCAUCUGACACUGUGUUUUGACUGUGUUUAAGGACAUUCUACGCUGAAUGAAGUUAUGACAACUUUACUGAACGCUCGUGAAGUGUUUGAACAGAGCAGGAGUGUGGAUAUCAGAGACGAGGUUAGUUCUCAUUUCAACAAUCGCUGACUAUUGUAAAAAUGGUCAUGUUUCUAACAGCUUGCAAAGGCUGAAAGAUUUCUCGAUCUAAGAUCUCGAUCAUGGAAACGUAUCUUUAUAACCUUAUAGGUGACGUACUUCCCGUAAUAUGUCAUUUCAUUUAAAUGUAUUUGAUCAUGGUGGCGUGUCAAUAAAAUUGAUCCGUGAACAAAUAUAUACUCUUUGUAUAAUCUUUGUACAACCCAACCAGUCAUACACUAUUAACACUGCAUGGGACUGACAGAGCAAGCGUCAGAGCAAGUGCCUUCCACCUCUGAGAUCGUGAGUUCGAUUUUCGCUGUGGUCUCAUGUGAAAAGAGUCAGUCAACGCUCUGCCGAAAGUCGUGGGUUUUCUCCGGGUGCUCCGGUUUCCUCUCACAGGGAAAGUUGACAGGUUUGUUUAGGAUAAACACAGUUAGGAAAGUGAUAUCACAAUUGUUGUAAAGAUAAAUAUACUCUAGGCUAAGUAAAUCGCGGUUACUGAAAACAGUGAAAAGCCCCAAUGGGGAGUGAGCUGAAUAAUAAUGUAAUGUAACUGACGUAUAUUACUAUGUCUUAUGUUUUAUUUGUUCUUCCAGAUUAACAAAAAGGUAAAAUACUUUAAUUUGUCUAACGUUUCGGUUUCCUAAACGGAAACCAUUAUCAAAGACUAUGAACACAGAUGAGGUAAGUACAGAUGUGAAUCUCCUGUGAAAUUGCUGAUUGUUUUGUGUCACACGGAAUUCUCACUUCCGGCGAGCGCUGGCAAGUGUCGUUCUGAAAUUUAAUAAGGAAAGAGAUAGGAAAACGCCGUUCGAAAGACGAAAAAUUGUUUUUUUAAAAAGUCUACGCUACCGACGGCUAUUUUUGGAAUUAAUUAUUCAAGAGUAACGGUAAGCGAUCACUUUUAUUGAUUUCUUUUUAUUAAAAGUGUUAAUAUAACAUUUUAUUUAGCAAAAGUUUGUUUUUUUUCCUAUCUACUUCUUAUUAAAAUCGUGAAAUACACUUGCUGGGAAUUUCAGAUGCUCGUGUAUAAAUAACAAAACAGCGAAUGAUAUAAAUGCCUCAAAACAUAACUCUCGCAUAAAAAAACAUGAAUACUUCUAUAAUAUGUAUAGUUUUAUUCCUCUGCAUUAUCAAAAUUUAAUAAAAUAGUGAAUUAAUACAAUUUUAAAGUUUAUUUAAUCCGUGUGACACAUUUUCACAGGAGAUUCACAUCUGUAUUACCUCAUCUGUGCUAUGAAUCUAUUAAAAGUUUUCCGUUACUAUCUUGCGUCAGAUGCAACUUUGCGAGAUUACUGACGCGUGCGUUCAAAUCGGUCUGCGCGUGCACGCAAGAUAGUAACGGAAAACUUUUAAUAGAUUCAUAGUCUUUGAUAAUGGUUUCCGUUUAGGAAACCGAAACGUUAGACAAAUUAAAGUAUUUUACCUUUUUGUUAAUCUGGAAGAACAAAUAAAACAUAAUGUUUCAACCUGGAUUCAAACCCUUCAAUGAAUUACUAUAUCUGUAACUGACGUAUAUUAUUCUAUCAGUCCUUAUUAUACAACAUGCCGUGCAUUACCUAGAGAAACUCUUCUGGCAUUGCAUGAUCAAGCCACUAUUCAAUCAACAUCCCAAUCUUACUCAAGUACAUGGGACUAACACAAAUCAAACGUUUAUUUUUAUUAUUAUUAUUCAUCUAGAAUACUAGAUUAUAUUUACAAAAUGUUUUAUUUUGUCUAACGUUUCGAUUUCCUCUACGGAAAUCACUAUCAAAGACUUGACGGUUUAUUACCCAGGGUUCGUAGCGGUCUUUGAAAUCCUUGAAAGUCUUUAAAUUUGAAUGCAGGUCUUUAAGGUCUUUGAAAAGUCUUUGAAUUGUGUGAAAAAGCGAAGAAAGUCUUUAAAAGUCUUUAAAUUCUUUGGUGAGUGUUUGAUUAUACGAUUUCCUAGCUAAUAAAAUAGAUUGAUUGAAGCAAGAUUUUCGCAAAUAUGGACGAAAAGGCGCAUUUUAGGUUGUGAUUUAACAGGACUAAUUAUUGGGUAAAAAUGUUGCUUACACUUGGAAUUUUUCAACAGCUGAUUGCUCUCAAUGGUCUCUGAAAAGUCUUUGAAAAUAGGCAGCAAAAAUAUUUGAAAGUCUUAUAAAUAAUAAUAAAUUAAUAAACCUG